GCACGCACACGCACGCACACACACUCACACACUCAGGCAGGCUCCUCAGGUGAGGCGUCGCGCUCACGAGCGGUUUCACUUUCUCUUGAGUGUUGGGGAACGCGCGCGCUGUGAGCCUGGGGUUGCCCAACGUCAAACCCGCCCACCUGAAGCCCCCGCAGCCCCCGCAGCUCCCGCAGCCCGGCGGCACCAUGAGCAGGAAGAAGAAGGAGUGGAGGGCUGAGAAAGAGCGCUUGCUCAGUCUCGGGAAGGAAGACAGACGUAAAGAGUGCAGCAACUACCUGGCUCUGGAGAAGAUACCCACCUGGAGACAUCAUGGAAGCAGUUCAGCGGAAGAAGAGGAGGAUGAUCGCCCCGUCUCUCCCCGUCCCGCACACCUGUGUGAUAAAGUCUCCCUCUACAAAGGUGACAUCACACUGCUGGAGGUGGACGCCAUCGUGAAUGCAGCGAACUCCAGUCUGCUGGGCGGCGGAGGAGUGGACGGCUGCAUACACCGAGCGGCGGGCCACUUCCUGUACGAGGAGUGCCACUCACUGCACGGCUGCGACACGGGCAAAGCCAAGAUCACCUGCGGCUAUGAUCUGCCUGCCAAAUUUGUGAUCCACACUGUUGGACCCAUAGCCAGGGGAAACGUGGGCCCAUCCCAGAACGAGGAGCUGAGAUCCUGCUACGAGAACUCUCUGAAGCUGGUGAAGGAGAAUAAUCUGCGCUCUGUGGCCUUUCCCUGCAUAUCCACGGGAAUUUACGGUUUCCCCAACGAUCCGGCAGCCGACAUCGCCCUACAGACCACUAAGGACUGGUUGAAGGAGAACAAAGAUGAGAUCGAUCGCGUCAUAUUUUGUGUCUUCCUGGAGACGGAUUAUGAAAUUUACAAGAGGAAGAUGGCGGUUAUCUUCCCUGCAGAUAUCGAUGAGAAUAAGGAGGCUGCUGAGACCCCACAGCCGGACGAUGAUGCAGAGACAGAUGCUUCUGGAGAUGUUAACAUGGAAAGUCAGGUAGAAGGAGAUGACGACAUGGAUACCGGUGGCACGCAAGUCCAGAAGCCAGAAAACGACCCUCCACCUCCUCCACCUGCUGAAACCCAGGAGGAUGAAAAUGAUACAGCUGAAGAAGUGGUGAAGGAUGAAAAACCAGCAGAAGAGCCCAAAACUAAAGAAGAAGAAGAGAAGAAGCAAGAACAGAAGAUGGAAGAGAAGAUGGGAGGGUUAGAUAAUGCAGCUGCGGACAGCGGAAAGGAGACGACUCCGGAUGAUCCUGCUGAAACACCGGCAGGGCCGGGGGAAGACCAACCAAAGGGCACAGAGAACAAUGAAAAUGACAGCCAAGGAGAUGCAGUGGCCAUGGACAUGGAAGGUGAAGAUGGGGACCAAAGUGCAACUGCACCGGACAAUAAAAAUGAAGAGUGCAAACCUACAGUAGUGGAGGUGAAGCAGCAGACAGCAGACAGCAGUCAGUCCAAAGAUGGUCCAGAGGAUAAACCUGAGCUGAAGAAGGACUAAGAUGACAAUCAGCCUCGUAGGAACCGCACCGGCAAACUGUGUGAAGGCGAAGAUCACACCACUCGAGUUUCCCACACAGCGGAGUCUACCCGAAACCACAGAGAGGAAGAUUCCCAUCUGUCCCCCGUCCCUCCUUCCUUGCUCUUCUCUUUUAUUUCAAUUCCUGCUUUUGCUUUUCUUUACUUUUGGAUCGGGCUGAUGUUUAAUCAAACAUACUAUAUAUAAACACAGAGAAUUCAGACACAUAUGUCUACAUAUCAUAGAGAGUUUAAUGGGUUUAUUGGGUUUAAUGGUGUUAAUGGAGUGAAUGGAGUUCAGGACGGAGGCAAUAUGUGUUACCUCACUGAAUCGCUGCUCUCAGUCAUUUCCGAUCUUCUGGGCAUUCUGGUGCUGGAUUUAUUUAAGGUUAUAAGGGCCCUUAAUUAAUAUACUACAUAAUAUAACAGUGUGUUCCUCAAUGAUUGACGCUUUGGGUAUGAGUAUAGAACAUAGCAGCUGCAUUUUGGUGAUGAUAAAAUACGAUAUUUUGAUUUUGGAUGAUUUUAUUUGUGUUUUUUAGGCAAAUAACACUAGUGGGACACACGUCAGGAGCAUCUUCAUAUUUACAUCUGAGUAAUUUUGUGUGUGUGUGUGUGUGUGUGUGUGUGUGGGGUUGUGUGUGAGGAUAACAAAUGUGAAUGAGAACUAAUGAUAAAAGAAAAGCAACUUUAAGAACUUUAUGGAGUGAUUACAGUGAUAAAAAGCGCACUUUAGUUCAGUCGUUGGCUUUAUUUACACCUGGUGUUACAGUUGUGCAUGUGUUUCUUGUUGUUAGCUGAAUGCGUACGUAAAGUUGGAGUUUUUAAACCAGGUGAAAAUUGGGCCUAAAUGCUAAACGUUUUUAUUUGCGAGAGAGACGCCAAACCAAGUGAAUCAGAGUGAAUCAGCUGAGUGUGAUUAAAGCUCUUAUGAUGAACUGUUUUAGUCAAAAACUCCAGAUUUUAGUCUAAAAAUCUCCAGUGACCCAGUCCUAACUCAGUUUCAACCAGUAAAACUCUUAUUUCACACAUUAGCUAUUAUUGACUAGUCACAUGACCAGGACAACACAUCCCUAAUGUAUUUCUGAUGUAUUUCUUUUUUUUUUUUUUUUUUUUUACCAUUAAUUAACAUGAAAUUUCAUUUUGCACACUCUUCACAAUAUAUAACUUUUUUUAUUAGUAAAAACUUCAGUUACAUAUAUACAUAAUAGCUUUAAUUACUUUAUUGCUUAUAAACAUAUCUCUACUCUAAUUCUCACAAGUAAAAACAUCAAUAAAUACAUUAUUACACAAUAAAAUAAAACAUUGUUCUCUUUGAGGCAAGACAUACAUAUAUUUAUGUUUUUUUAUUUAUGCAAAGGUGACAAAAAUGGGCAAAAUGAAUGAAAACCUGCCCAAAAAUAAAUAAAUAAAUAAAUAAAUAAACAUGGCUGGUAUUUGGCCUUUUUUUUUUCAUUUCGUUCAGCAAAAAAAAUAAAUAAAUUAGCAUUUUAAAUAUCUGAAUAUGUACAUAUAUUGAAGAAACAGUGAGAAUUACAUUACAGAUAUAUUGUCCUGGUUAUAUAUGUGACUUGUCUGAAUCUCUUUAUUAGAGAAUCACUGAAUAUUUGGCAACCAAAACUAUUUGUUACACCUAAAGUUACACUUUUGCUAAAAAAUGUAAAAUAUUAAAUAAAGUAAGCAAAAAUAGAUUUAUGAUAUUUAAUUUAUGCAUUGGUAAAAACUAAAAAGUGGCAAAAUUUAUGAAAAUGUGCAACAAAACAUUCAAUAAUUCUAAUACAAUUUUAGCCUAAAACAGUUUUAUCAUAAUUUCUGACCUGAAUGCUUUGAAUUUUUUUCCUUGAUCUUCUUUCCUUGUUUAUGUGUAGAUUGUGUGAUACUUUCGACAUUAAACGCUCAGAGUUCUGAGACACGUCGACAUUUCUGCUUUAUUCUGCUUUGAACAACCAAGCCAUGCCACAAAAACUUCGCUGGGCGACUGAUCGCUUCAAUCGAGUGAUUAAAAAAAGCUCACGAUUAAAAAUAACUUUUUAGGACAAAAAUGUACAAAAAAAAUAGAGACAGCAUCCAUCACAUCAGUUCUUUUUUUCAUCAGAGUUUUUAUGGGACUGAUUUUCAUCAGUAUAGGUACUCUACUAAUGCAUGCCAGCUGAUUUCUGUUCUGUUUAUUUUAUUUUAUAAUUUUUAUUUUUAUUUUAAAACCACAGCAGCACCCUCUCUACACUCUCAAUCUCUCUGCAUUUUUACUCCACUGUUCCCGUGUUCCAGAAAAUCUGCCUUAUUUGACACAGCACAUCCUACACGCUACAUGUUCACGGAUAAUAAAAUAAAAAAAUUAACGGUGGUGGUGCAAAUGCAAAUGCAAAUACUACACGUGCAGCUUUUGAAUGAAUUAAAUCCUAUAUAAAGUGAUGAGUGAUUUAAAAAAAAUGGAACCAAUAAAUAAAUGAGAAAAUCUUGGAGUAUUUUUUUUUUCCUGCGUUAAAAAUAAAUCUACUUUUGUUGAUGAAUCAAAAAAAGAUCUCUUUCAUUCAUUCUGUUCUAAAGAGGUUGAUUAGUCACUUUCAGUGGUGCCGUACUGAUAUCAGAUGAACGUAUGCCUUCAUGAUUUGGUGUUUGCUUUGCUAUACGAAUAUGAAUAAAGUUUAAAGCAUUCUUUUCA